CAACUAUUUAAAUCACAUGAGUCAUUUGUGGAUAUUGACCUUCAGAGACCCGCCAAGGAGAAAAAUUGUGGAAUAGGAUGCCAAGAGAUUAUGACAAACGCCCUCGAUCAAGAUCUCAUGACCGAUACAGGGAUCGUAAUGAUAAUUGUGAGCGUUCUCGUAAACACCGAGAAGACUACCAUCGAAGAGAUCGCGACCACGGAUACGAUUGUGAUGAAAGAGAUGUAGAAAGAAGCCGAUACCGACAUGAAAAAGAAAAACGCAGAGACCGUGAUAGUCGACGAAGACAUGAACAAAAUCAUAACGACGAAAGAUGGAAGCGUCGUACACGCUCUAGGAGCCCCAUGCCUACAGCUGAAACAGAAACCGUGGAGUAUGAAGAGGGUAGGUUGUUCUUGAAACUCCAUCACCUUUUUAGCAGAACCAACUGAACCUGUAACCGAAGAGGAGGCAGAAAUGAUGCGCACUAUGGGUUUCUGCAAUUUCGGCACAACAAAAGGAAAGCAUGUUAUUGGUAACAGUAUUUAUGUGGCAAACAUAGCAAAACAGCGAAAGUAUCGUCAGUACAUGAAUCGUCGUGGGGGUUUCAAUCGUCCGCUCGAUCCAGUUGCUUAAACAUUAUGAUAUUUGUAUAUAUUCUCUUAAAACCUGUCAAAACGCACUCAACAUAACGAGAUGUAUUGAUAGGAAGUAUAACUCGUACAUUUACAAAAAUUGUAAUGUGUAUUUCACAAAGUAAGAAGGGCCAAUUGCUGCGUAGGUAUAAUAGAUGUAUUUGUUGCGUUGCAAGGUGAAACACUUGCUAAGAAUAAAUCAUACUUCGCUUUUCGGGCAAGUGUUAUUUGAAAAAAGGCAAUCUAGCAUUCGAAGCUCAACCAACAAUUUAAAAAUACGCAAUUACGAAUAAGGCUAGGUUCUUUUACGGAAAUCGUUCAUUUGAUUUCGAUCAUUAUGUAGAAACUAUAUCAAAGAUAAAUUAAUAUAUUUGUAACAUCACAAUGAGUUAUUUGUUCUCCGAAGAAGUGGCUUACACUGAGUCACGAAACAUCAGAAAAUCUAAUUUCCCUGCUCAUUGGGAUAUUACAAAUAUAUUAAUUUAUUUAUAACAAUCUACCCAAUGCUCAAUUUAUUCGAAACUACCAAGCCACACCUUGGUAAGGAUACCUAUAUCAAGGAUAUUUGCUUCCCAGAACACCGUUGAGACGUCAGUUUUUUGUUGUGCUUACGUCUUUACCUUGCAAAUCUUAAGUGAAUCGAUCUUAAGCAUUAUUUACAAUUAAAAUAAUUUCUUCAUAUUCUACACUAACUGGGAAAUUCGAUCAUCCCAAGAAGUGCAGUUUUCUAAGUAGUAUAACAUCUAGCAUAUCAUCUGAAUACGCAGUACUGUAGAAUACUAUAAGCAUAUUUUAAAAUAAUACUAUUCUAUACAUCUAAACAAAAAAAGUAGUACAGGAUUCAUAUAGUACUAAAUGUGACAAUAAAAUAGAGCGAUUAACAUUAGUGAACAUCUCAGUACUUUAUUAGAUCGUUACUAAAAUCCAUAAACGUUGGUCAUUUUUGCAGCGCUAGUAAUAUCUUUACAAAAAUCUCUCAUCACUUUUAUUUAAAUUAUUUGUUGUACAAAAGUAAUGAGCAGCACAUGUACACGGAGAAAGUAAUAUUGGUUUGUGUUAUAAAAUAUUUACUAUUUUACAACUGCAUUAACCACCAAGUUCAGUGUUUGCCAAUGUAGAUCUUGUCAUAUCAGUUUUUUCCUCUAGCUAACAUUUGUCAUAAAACGAUGUGAAUGUUUAGGGCCAAACAUGAAGCUGUUGGCUGCCAGAAAAUCCAACAUUUCGGAACAGGGACAAGUCCUUUGAUGCAUUAAGGUUCUGAAAUAGAUUAGUCAUCCGAAUCAUAACGGUACAUAGUCAUCGCCUGGUUUAUGAUCUUAUUUUUAAACAGUAACAAAGACGGUCCAUUUAUUGAAUUUAGAAAUCUAGUUAUACAUUUGUCAUUUGUGAGUUGGGCCAAAGCAGGUUCUACGUUUGCCAUGAGGAAUAAGAUCACUAAAGCCAUUAAUUGACUUUCGUUUGGGUUCAUAUGUACGUUCUUACUUGUAAGACU